CUUGGCCUGCUGCGAGGUCAAGAAUGGGACUCUGGCGAUCCCGUCAGGGACACCCGAAGUAUUGUGGGUGUUCUUUGCGCAGAAACUAUCCGGUCAUUUAGGAGUGUUUUGCGGAGCGUGGAACAUUGUGAUGACAUUCCUCAAGACAGCCAGCAUUGUUUGAAGAAGGCUUGCGACGUUUUGACGCUAUGGGCCUCAGGGUACAGCAUUCUUGAAGGGGAUCUAGAUGUGGCUCUCGCAACAUCAUGGGUAUUGCAGCGGUCCAUGCUGGAGUUGCUAUUAUCGAUUGGC